AUGGCGGAGCUGAGCGGCGGCAGCGAGGCCGUGCCCGUGGCGCUGUGGCCGCCCGGGGAGGCCCCGCCGGCCUUCCAGUACAGCCCCGAGAGCGUGGCCGGAGCGGACGGAGAGCUGGACCCCACCGAAGUGACCUUCCCGGGCUGCUCCUGCCGCAGCCGCUCCUGCGCGGCUCCCGAGUGCCCCUGCCUGAGCCGCGGGCACAACUACAGCAGCCUGGGGCUCCGGCUGGCCGAGCAGCAGGAGCAGCCCUUCUCCAGGCCCGUGUUUGAGUGCAACAGCCUGUGCUGCUGCGGGGAGGGCUGCCAGAACAGGCUGGUGCAGCGGGGGCUGCGCCUGCGGCUGCAGGUGUUCCGCACGCAGCGCAAGGGCUGGGGCGUGCGCGCCCUGCAGCCCAUCCCCGGGGGCAGCUUCGUGUGUGAGUACGCCGGGGAGGUGCUGGGCUCUGCCGAGGCUCAGAGGAGAGCCCAGGCCCAGAGCCCACAGGAGCCAAACUACAUCAUAGCCGUGAGGGAGCACCUGCACGACGGGCGGGUCCUGGAGACCUUCGUGGAUCCCGCGCGCAUCGGGAACGUGGGCAGGUUCCUGAACCACUCCUGUGAACCCAACCUCUUCAUGGUGCCCGUCAGAGUUGACUCCAUGGUGCCCAAACUGGCGCUUUUUGCGGCCACUGAUAUUUCUGCUGGAGAGGAACUCACAUAUGAUUACUCUGGAAGAUUCCAGAAUUUCCCAGAAACCAGCAGAGAACACAAAGCUCUGGAGGAAGAGAACAGCCUGAGGAAACCUUGCUACUGUGGUUCCCGCACAUGUGCUUCCUUCUUACCGUGGGACAGCUCCCUCUUUUCCACACCAGCGAGUUCUCCGUAGCCUUUCAGCCUUCCACACACCUAAAAAUACUGCUUUUUCUAGUAGCUAAAUCAAACUCAUUCUGGUCCAACAAGGAAGCACAUGUGGGUUUGAGGAGCAGCAAAGAGACAUGGUUUUGAACUAUUUUUAUGGAAAAACCUUUUCAAGGUGGAUAGUACAAGGGAUUAUUGGAGUUUCGAGAUGUUCCAAAAUCAGUGACUAAGCCAGGCCUGGUGUUUUUGUCGGGUUUUCCUCUGACAGCUUGCUGGAUGUUAAAGCAGCUCUCUCAGUUUGGACCCUUCAGAAAGAAUUUGUACCUUUGGCACAGGGACAGGAUGUGAUAACAGCAAGGAAAGUCACUGACAGUGGCACAAGAAAAUAACAAACCAUGACUCUUGCAAGAAAGGCAUUAGGGUUCUUAAAAUCCAUUAAAUUAUUGGUUUUAAAUUA